AUGGCCUGGGGCAGCAUCGAGGGCAGCCAACUGCUGGGCCUGGUUGCUGCUGCUCAUGGGGAAAUGGAAGAGUUAGAAACCCUCUGGCUGACGGGUAUUUGCCACAAUGAGAAGAACGAAGUCAUGAGCAGCCAGCUGGACAUCGACAACAUGGCUGGGGUGUUUUACAUGCUGGCGGCAGCCAUGGCGCUCAGUUUAAUCACCUUUGUCUGGGAGCACUUAUUUUACUGGAAACUUCGAUUCUGCUUCACUGGAGUCUGCUCAGAUCGGCCAGGACUGCUGUUCUCCAUCAGCAGGGGUAUUUACAGCUGCAUUCACGGAGUACACAUUGAAGAAAAGAAGAAGUCUCCUGACUUUACUUUGACCAAUUCCCAAACCAACAUGCUAAAACUGCUGCGAACAGCGAAAAAUAUGACCAAUAUCAAUCCUUCAAGAAUUAACUCCCCCAAAAGAACAGCUGAUUUUAUUCAGAGGGGCUCCCUGAUUAUGGAUAUGGUCAUGGAUAAGGGAAACUUGAUAUUUUCUGAUAAUAGAUCCUUUCAGACUAAGGACAACUUUUUUGGUGACAACAUGAGUGAAUUGCAAACACUUCCUGGUAAUCGACACAAGGACAAUCUUAACAACUAUGUUUUCCAAGGUCAGCAUCCUCUCACACUGAAUGAGUCCAAUCCAAAUACAGUAGAGGUUGCAGUAACAACAGAAGCAAAAGCGAACUCCAGACCCAGGCAGCUUUGGAGAAAAUCUGUUGAAUCUUUACGUCAAGAAUCUGUCCGUCAGAGCCAAGGCUCCCAGAGAGAAAACGGGUCCGAUGAAAACAGGCAGCUUUCGCUGAAAAGCCAAAGAUACCUUCCCGAAGAGAUUGUCCAUUCAGAUGUAUCAGAGACAUCCAGCCGAGCUACCUGCCAUAUGGAACCUGAAAACAACAACAAGCAUCACAAAACCAAGGACAAUUUUAAAAAAAGGACAGGAGCAUCGAAAUACCCAAAAGACUGUAGUGAAGUGGAGCUGACAUAUCUGAAAACCAAACAGAGCUCUCCACGGGAUAAAAUCUACACGAUUGAUGCUGACAAGGGGCCAGGAUUCCACUUGGACACACCUCAGUACAUCGAAAACAUUGUCCUUCCAGAAACUAUAGAGCUCCCUGAUGUUUAUCAAGAUCACAAUGACAACUACAGGAAAGCGGAGCACGCUAACAGGACUCCCUUGCAUAAUGAAGACAGUCUUCCAAAUAAUGACCAGUAUAAACUUUAUGCAAAGCACUACACUUUAAAAGAUAAAAAUGCUUCCCUAGGUGACAUGAACGAUAGAUACAGACAGAAUUCCACCCACUGCAGGAGCUGUCUGUCCAAUGUGCCCACUUAUGCGGGACACUAUUCGAGCAGAUCUCCCUAUAAAUGUGAUGCAUGCUUGCGGAUGGGUAACCUCUACGAUAUUGAAGAAGAUCAGAUGCUGCAGGAUACAACGAACUUAUCACUUCCCGAAGAAAUCUAUGAGCACAGUUGGUCACAAAAUAAUGCUCUGCAAUAUCAUAAAAAAAAUAAGUUGAGGAUUAGCAGGCAACAUUCUUUUGAUAAUAUCGCUGACAAGUCCAGGGAAAUUGAUCUUGGAAGACCUUCUCGUAGUAUAAGCUUGAAAGAAAGAGAGAAAUUUCUACAAAGUAGUCCAUAUGCAAGCAUGUUUAGUGUUCCCUCAAGCAAACUUUUGGGCAACAAGGCCUCACUUUUAACUCAUGCUCUCGAGGACAGUAAGCGGAGCAAGUCCCUGUAUCCUGUUCACUCGGACGACAAUCCCUUUCUGCACCCGUAUCGCGAGGACCAGCACUUAUCUCUUAGGCGAAGUCCAGCUGAUCUCUAUAAACAUUCAUUGCCAACAAGAGGAAGACAUGAUAAUUAUUUAAGGUCAUCCAUAAAGUCUACAGCAUCAUACUGUUCCAGGGAUGGUCGGAUCCAUAAUGACAUGUACAUUUCAGAGCAUGUUUUGCCUUACGUUGCAAAUAGGAAUAGCUUGUACUCAACUCCAAGGGUUUUAAAUUCCUGUAGCAAUAGACGUGUGUAUAAGAAAAUGCCUAGCAUUGAAUCAGAUGUUUAA